UGUGUGUGGGGGAAGAUGCUCGCCUACUGCGUGCAAGACGCCACCGUGGUGGACGUGGAGAAGCGGAGGAACCCCUCCAAGCACUAUGUAUACAUCAUCAAUGUCACCUGGUCUGACUCCACCUCCCAGACCAUCUACCGGCGGUACAGCAAGUUCUUUGACCUGCAGAUGCAGCUUCUGGACAAGUUUCCCAUUGAAGGAGGCCAGAAGGACCCCAAGCAAAGGAUCAUCCCCUUCCUCCCAGGCAAGAUCCUCUUCCGGAGAAGCCACAUCCGGGACGUAGCCGUGAAGAGACUGAAGCCCAUUGACGAGUACUGCCGGGCCCUGGUCCGGCUGCCUCCCCACAUUUCACAGUGUGAUGAGGUCUUUCGGUUCUUUGAGGCCCGACCUGAGGACGUCAACCCCCCAAAAGAGGACUACGGCAGUUCCAAAAGGAAAUCAGUGUGGCUGUCCAGCUGGACAGAGUCUCCCAAGAAGGACGUGACAGGUGCCGACAGCAGCGCCGAGCCCAUGAUCCUGGAACAGUACGUGGUGGUGUCCAACUAUAAGAAGCAGGAGAACUCGGAGCUGAGCCUCCAGGCCGGGGAGGUGGUAGAUGUCAUCGAGAAGAACGAAAGCGGCUGGUGGUUCGUGAGCACCUCUGAGGAGCAGGGCUGGGUCCCUGCCACCUACCUGGAGGCGCAGAAUGGGACUCGGGACGACUCAGACAUCAGCACCUCCAAGACGGGAGAAGUGUCCAAGAGACGCAAGGCCCAUCUGCGGCGCCUGGAUCGCCGGUGGACCCUGGGCGGGAUGGUCAACAGGCAGCACAGCCGAGAGGAGAAGUACGUCACUGUGCAGCCGUACACCAGCCAAAGCAAGGACGAGAUUGGCUUCGAGAAGGGCGUCACUGUGGAGGUGAUCCGGAAGAACUUGGAGGGCUGGUGGUACAUCAGAUACCUGGGCAAAGAAGGCUGGGCGCCGGCCUCCUACCUAAAGAAGGCCAAAGAUGACCUGCCGGCCCGCAAGAAGAACCUGGCUGGCCCGGUGGAGAUCAUUGGGAACAUCAUGGAGAUCAGCAACCUGCUGAACAAGAAGGCGUCCGGGGACAAGGAGACGCCCCCUGCCGAAGGGGAGGGCCCCGAGGCCCCCGUUGCCAAGAAGGAGAUCAGCCUGCCCAUCCUCUGCAACGCUUCCAACGGCAGCCCCCUGGGCGUCCCCGAGAGGACGCUCUCCAAGCUGGCCCAGGGCUCCCCGGCCGUGGCCAGGAUCGCCCCUCAGAGGGCCCAGAUCAGCUCCCCGAACCUGAGGACAAGGCCUCCGCCCCGCAGGGAGUCCAGCCUGGGGUUCCAGCUGCCGAAGCCCCCGGAGCCCCCUUCUGUGGAGGUGGAGUACUACACCAUCGCCGAGUUCCAGUCGUGCAUCUCGGACGGCAUCAGCUUUCGGGGCGGCCAGAAGGCCGAGGUCAUUGAUAAAAAUUCAGGUGGCUGGUGGUAUGUGCAGAUCGGCGACAAGGAGGGCUGGGCCCCCGCGUCCUACAUCGACAAGCGCAAGAAGCCCAACCUGAGCCGCCGCACGAGCACGCUGACCCGGCCCAAGGUGCCACCCCCAGCGCCCCCCAGCAAACCCAAGGAGGCUGAGGAGGGGCCCACAGCUGCCAGCGAGAGCCAGGACUCUCCCGUGAAGCUCAAAUACGAGGAGCCUGAGUAUGACGUCCCUGCCUUUGGCUGUGACUCCGAGCCAGAGCUGAGCGAGGAGCCCCCGGAGGACCAGGGCCCUGGGGACAGGCGGCCCACCCAGCCCCCCCGGCCCUCGCCCUCCUCCCUGCAGCGGGCCCGCUUCAAGGUGGGUGAGUCCUCCGAAGACGUGGCCCUAGAAGAGGAGACCAUCUACGAGAACGAAGGCUUCAGGCCCUUGGCGGAGGAUGCCCUGUCGGCCAGAGGCUCCUCUGGAGACAGCGACUCCCCGGGGGGCUCCUCGCUGUCCCUUGCCAGGAAGAACUCCCCCAAAUCGGGCUCCCCCAAGUCCUCAUCACUCCUGAAGCUAAAGGCCGAGAAGAAUGCCCAGGCAGAUCUUGGGAAGAACCACUCCUCGGCCUCCUUCGCUUCGUCCAUCACCAUCAACACCACCUGCUCCUCUUCCUCCUCCUCUUCCUCCUCCUCCUUGUCCAAGAACGGGGGCGAGCUGAAGCCCCGCUCCGCCUCGGACGCAGGCAUCCGGGGCGCUCCCCCGGCCGGGGUGAGGAAGGACGUGGACACCAGGGCCGGGCUGGGCUGCGCCCGGGCCAAGCCUUCAGUGCGGCCCAAGCCCCUGCUGAACCGGGCAGAGUCACAGAGCCAGGAGAAGAUGGACAUCAGCACUUUACGGCGCCAGCUGCGGCCCACCGGCCAGCUCCGGGCUGGUCUCAAGGGCUCGAGGAGUGAGGAUUCGGAGCUGCCCCCGCAGACGGCCUCUGAGGGCUCGAGUGAGGCGUCCAGGAGAGGCUCAGCCGACACCAUCGCGCCACCGUCCCCCACCAAGAAGGAGCGGGAGGGGCCGGCCACCUCCUACGUGACAUGCAGCGCCUACCAGAAGGCCCAGGACUCGGAGAUCAGCUUCCCUGCUGGCGUGGAGGUGCGUGUGCUUGAGAAGCUGGAGAGUGGGUGGUGGUACGUGAGGUUCGGGGAGCUGGAGGGCUGGGCCCCCUCCCACUACCUAGUGCUUGGCGAGAACGAGCAGCCAGAGCCCAAAGAGCUGGACCCAGGGCCCACCAAGGGCAAGUCCGACAGCCUGGAGAAGACGGAGCGGCAGGUGCAGGCACUGAACACCGCCAACCAGAGCAAGAGGGCCACACCGCCCAUUCCCUGCAAACCCCCGGGGGGCUUCGGCAAGAGCUCGGGGGCCACGGCCGUGAAGAUGAGGAACGGCGUGCGGCAGGUGGCCGUCAGGCCCCAGUCAGUGUUUGUGUCCCCGCCACCCAAGGACAACAACCUGUCCUGCGCCCUGCGGAGGAACGAGUCGCUCACAGCCACCGACAGCCUCCGGGGCGUUCGCCGCAACUCCUCCUUCAGCACUGCCCGCUCUGCGGCUGCCGAGGCCAAGGGCCGCCUGGCCGAACGGGCUGCCAGCCAGGGCUCCGGCUCGCCACUGCUGCCUGCUCAGCGCAACGGCAUCCCCGUGUCCCCCGUGCGACCCAAGCCCAUUGAGAAGUCCCAGUUUAUCCACAAUAACCUCAAGGAUGUGUAUGUCUCUAUUGCAGACUACGAGGGCGAUGAAGAGACAGCGGGCUUCCAGGAAGGGGUGUCCAUGGAGGUUCUGGAGCGGAACCCCAAUGGCUGGUGGUACUGCCAGAUCCUGGAUGGGGUGAAGCCCUUCAAAGGCUGGGUGCCUUCCAACUACCUGGAGAAAAAGAACUAAGAGGCCACGUGGCCCUGCUCCAGCCUCUGUGUGCCGCCGUGGCCACCUGCUGGAUGCGCCGUGAGAUGCAGACAAAAGGGAAAUGGGGGGGUGGGGGGUGGGCAGUCUAAACCCUGCAAGUAUGUGGCCCUCCAGGUGCCCCCUCCAGGCUGUCCCAGCUGGGAGGGAGGGCAUGGCAGAGGUUCAUGUUGGGUAGGGAAGGGACUAGGCAAGCAGGGAGGGAGGGGGUGUCCCAGGCCUGGGACCAGAGACCAGAAAGCUGGGACCCACAUGUGCAGCUUGGUGACUUCACAGAUGGCCUGUGCGCCACUUGGGACAGGCCGUGUGGGAAACCCUGAUCGUGCCUUUGCUGCCAGUCUGGGAACGAUGUGGUCCUCGGGGCCUCUAGCAUCCUGUCCCUGCUCGGCCCAGUCCUGGCUGCUGGCGUUUGCCAGUGGAGGGAGCCUAGUUCUGUCCUCGUCGACGUUUGUAUGUUAUGCUGGUUUCCCGGGAAUUUAGAGGACACAGCUGCCGUUGGGCUUGGAGGUGUCGCUUGAGAGCACCGGGGUCCUGCCUCGGGCCAGGCCACCAGCAUGUUUCUUAGUUGAAGGACAAGUGACUCUUAGGGGCCAACAGAGCCCACCUGUCCUCGCCACCAUCCUGGUCUUGGGAACGUGCCCAGUGGGAGGGUGCGGCUGAUUUGGGUGUUUCCAGGCAGGAGAAGUUUUCUGACCUGGGGAUUGGAUGUGGGACCUUUGGUUUGGGUCUUGUUUUAGGGGUUGUUUGGGGCCCAAGGCUGGGCAGCUCACAUGGGAGGGGGUGGGGCGCGGAUGGGGCUUUUCCGCUGUGCUCUUGUGGGACAGGGUGUUUCGUCUUUGCGUUUGUCCCACGUCUUUCCUCUCUACAAGCCAAAGUUAUGUCGUUUGGUUCCCACUGUGGGGACGGCAUCCGAGCCUGGCGCUUGCUGGAAGGUUUGGGGCCGUGUGGGCCCUGUGUCCCGGAUGUCCGUGCUUCUGGUUCCCACGCAAACCCGGUGGGGCAGAAGUCCUCACCGGAAGGGAGGUGGUGGUAUUGAGGAGCCCGGCUUUGGGAGAAAAGGCCGAGGCCCCUGUGUGUGUGUGCCCACUCCUGGGCAAGGCUGGGAGCCCGACUCAGGAACUGGGGGGGAGCACCCAGGGAGCCCGGCAGAUGCCACCAACUGCCCCCUUUGGCCUGUUGGCAACACCAUGGGUGCCUAAGAAGGAUGGAGGGCCCCUGUGCCAGGAGCCACCCUGGCCUUCCCAAGGGGCAGUGCCCAGCGGGGAGAGAAGCGACAAACGAAGACACGAGUCGGCCUGUCGGCAUUCCAGGGAGGCCCUCCAGAAGGCCCACCGGCUUCCCCAAGGACUCGCCCUUUGCUGGGAGUGGACUUCCACACGUGCCUUCGAUUUCGGACAGAUCAGGCUGCACAGCCACCGACGGAGAGGCCAGAGUCCUGGCCUGCAGGCCACCAUCCUCCACGGAGGAGGAAAGGCCUCCCCAGGAUCCCCAGGCCCUGUCCCUCACCACCCACUGAUGCUGGCAGCUACAGCACCUGCUCAUGUUCUUCGUCUAAGGGCCGUGGUGAGACUGUUUUGUUUCCUUUUAUUUUGUUUAAAAUUGAGAUUAGUUCUUUUCUUCUGCUGGACAGUAUUAAAUAGAGCAGGAUGUGGCGUUAAUCUGCUAGAUUGCAGUACUAAUGGUAGCGGUGUAGUGUCCUCAUAUGAAUAUUAUUUGUCCUUAUGGAACAAUAAUGAUAAAGAAGUGGUUCAUUAUUUUGUAAUUAAUGCACUUUAAAUAGGUGGAAUGGGACAAGACCCAGAGAGCAAAGUGCAUUACUUAAAGAUGCAGUAUAUGCUUUUCUCACUUUUAAACAGCACAUAUUUAUUUUUUAAAAAAGUAAUUUAUGAUUAUUUAAAAUAAAAUUUAAAAGUAGAGUGACUGUCGGGUUAAAGGACCUUCCCCGUAGCUGUCUUCCAGGGAGAGGGCCCGCGGCCUCACUCCUCAGAUGUCUGCACUGAGCCAGUUCAAUCACUAGUGCGCCCGCCAGGCCAGGAGGACGUGCAGGGUGUCUGCCCAGCACCGAGCAUCUCAGUUGGACUGGACCACAGUGCUGCCCAGAGCCUUCCUUUCCUGCCCUGCCCCGCUGUCUGCACUGCCCCCUUGGGCCCUCGGCCACCCACAUUCUCCCAGCUCCCCCGAGGACCCUCUUCUUCCUGAUCCCUGGUGCUCCUAUGUGCUGGAGUAGUUAAGAGGCAGGACUGGAAGGGCCCUUGGAGGUCAGUCACUGCAUCCCAUCCUGCUCAGCUCCUGCAGCCCAUGGCCAGGAAAUGACUUCCCCAGUCUCACAGCUCUGCUCCUUCACGCCAGCGUUCACGGUGGGCCUCACCCCUGCACUAGCCCUGCACUCGCCCUGCACUCCUCCCCAGCCCUGCUUAGUUGAUCGUGUGGUCAUCAUGUUUACAUUGUGGCAUCCAGCCCCAAGGACGGUGGGGAGUUGCUCAGGCAUCUGGGGAGCGUGGGGAAUGCUGCCACCUGGUGACAGCAUGUAGAUCUGGGACAGUGACCAUGCCCCAGUCGUCACACCUCGCCCCUCACCAUUGCCCCCUCUCACAGCACAAACCCUGCAAACCCAAAGACAAUAUUAAUACUUGAAGCAAGAAGGGUGCAUGCCAGUCCUUCUCACACACGGCCAGGGGCUGCCGGGCCUGUGCCCCUGGGAUCCCCGCCCUCUCCAGGGCAAGAAGGCCCUCCCCUGGAGCUACUGAGCUGCUCUCGUGAGCUUGGAGGCACUGCCGGCAGCGGUGGAGGAGGGAGGGGCCUGUGGCUCUGACCCAUCUGGAGGAAAACCAGAUCGGACUAAAAAGAAAAAGAAAUCUCAGCAGCGUCCAAACCUAGUUUUCCAUUAGUUGCAAUUGAAAAUGUGAAAUGACAUCAUAUUGCUGUAUACUGCAACUUUAAUCAUAAUGAGCCCUUCUGAGGUCAUUAUUGAGGUUUAUAUAAUGCCUGAAGAUGCAGCAUUGGUGCUUUUCCUUUCUUUCAGUCUAAAGACCUUUACUUUUAUUACUGGGGGCGGGGGGAAGGAGGUGUCUUCGUCUCCUCCCACCUCUGUAACAGCGGGCCUGGCUCCUCCAUGCUCUUCACACUAGGGCCAUGGGGGCAGCAAGUGGGAGCUGGGAGGGACACCCUGGAGCAGCAGGUGCACCACCUGCUCUGGGGGGAGCUCACUCCGCCCAGUGACAAUGGCCUCAGCCUGCCCACUCCCCAGCCUGGCCCCAAAGGGUUUUCUCUUCCUCCUCGACUCUCUGUCUUGACGAAGGCAUUAUAUAGAAUCAUCUUAACCGUGUUCAGAUGUUAGAGCAGCAUAUGUUACUGGCAUUUAUAUCCAUCGCUUUCCUCAGCAAGGCAUGUUACAACUUUUUUAUCAUCUAAGGAAAAAGAUAAGGGAAUUGUGGUCGAGCGUUACUUUCCUGUUACUAGUAAUCGCAGCAUAGGUGUAGAACUAUUUAAGCUUAGACCUUGGUUUGGUAGUUUGGUUUUUUUAAGGAGUGGGGGAGACGAAGUAACCCCUUCCUUCCUCUUUGUAUUUAACUAAUAUUUUUUUAAGGUUACUCACUUCCCCUACCCCCUCUAAAUACUUUGCAUUCUCAAUCGAAAAUGAAAACAAUCCGAGAGGCAGGAAAAGUGCAAUAUUACCAAGAGGGACGCCAGGCGUAUUGGGCAUUGCAGAGGUAGGGAGAGCCGCUGGCCAUCUGCAGACAGCGCAAAGUGGGGAGGCUGCUAGAAGGAUCCUAACUGGAGCAGGUAGCAGGGUUGGUGCCCCCUUCCCCCCUCACCCUUUCCUGGCCAGACAGGUGGGUCUCUGCCAGAGCGCAGCCCCGUUUUCUAUUGGGUGGCGUCCACCCAGGAGGAAGGAUUCAGGGACAGGCUGGGGGCUCUUGGGGGCCUAGGGCCCCAGUGCCGAGUGGAGCAAGGACCCCCAGGAACCAUUCCUUGUUUUCAUUGCCAUUGUUUUGUAGCCAGCUGCUCAGAGACCUGUCCCCAAAGCCACUCCCAGCAGCCCUCUCUCACCCCAGCCUCCUGAUGUUUGGGCCGUGAUCCUCUGGAUGCAUGUUUGAAUCUUUCUAAAACUAUGUAACCUCAGUUCUGUUUAUGGGCAGGAAUCCUAGAUGCAACCAAGUCCUUUUGGGGGGUGGGGAGUGUGGUGCCUUGAGCCCUGCAUAUCCCAAUGAGGCCCCUGCAGUGGAGCGGGAGUGGGGGGCCAAGCUGGGCACACCCAUUCAUCUCAAUGACUUCAGCCUGAGGAGCGAGCUGUGCCUCCACCCCACACCCCAGACAGUCCAAGAAUUCUUCAUAGGGAAAGAAGGACCUGAGGGGUCUGCCCAGGUCUCUGCAGACAGAACAGCCUCCAACAGGUACCAGGCCGGCUGCCUCCUUCCUUGGCGCCGGUACACAAAGUAGAGGAACGGGAAGUCCCCUUGGGUGCAGGCCCUGGGAGCUGUGCCCUGCGGGCAACAGGCCCUCGCCACUGGUCCCCUCCAUUUCCAGUACUGUACGCUUGCUGCUCCAGCCCCCAACUCGACGACUUUCUGUAGAUACGGAUCUCUGCCCAGGGUUGGGCUGCACCCCUGGGUGGGCCUCUCCCUCAGUGCAUACACAGCUACAUGCCCAGUGCAAAGCUUUCUGGGAAGAAAACCGUCCACAUUGCUAAAAAAAUUGAUCCCCUCACUUUUUUGAGGGUUAUAUGUUGAGUGUGUGUAUAUGCGCAUGUGUGUGUGUGGUAAUUUCCCACUUGAACUAAAUAAUGGGGUUAGAGAAAAAGUACCGGGCAAGCUGUCUCCACUGAGCAAGUCCUUGGCAUUGGGCAGGUCCCAAGGGACUCACAGCUUCUAGCAGCAAGUGUGUGUUAGUCACACACACACAGUUCUGGCUGGAGAGUGCAAUGUGUUUGUUUUUGUUUUUUUUUUCAUAAUUAUUUUAAGUAUUUAGUUGGAAACUUCACACUGGCAUUAACAGAUCUAGCAGAAGCAGCCUCGGCCAUCAUCCCAGGCUCCAACAUGAAAACGUGGAGGAGAGCCGCUGUCAGGUGUGGAAGCGCUGCCCCCUCCUACCCCCAUGGCGUGAGGCUCCCCAUAGCACCAAAGAGCUGAGGGCCCCUCAGUUUUUGUUCCUCUGAACGUGGGGUGGUGGGCAAGGGAGAGAAGCCGCUCUGCCCAGCAUGACCUAUGCCUGCAUCUACCCCUGAGCGCCUCCCAGCAGCACUGUGCAGGCUCCUGGGACCUUCCUGAACCCUCUACUAAAUCAUCAUCCCUAACCGAGGCAGUCUAAUGUCCCUGUGGUCUCCAGGGGCUGCGAUCAGGGCCGGUGAGAGAACAGGGUUAGUGACCUACAGCCCCGCCAAUUAGCCUUUUCCUCCCACUUUGUCCUUGCACACCCGGGUCCCCAGGCCACAAGGUGGCCAUGCUGGUGCUUAUACUGGUGGAAGGCUCUACCUUCCGAGACCUUGAGCCCAACCUGCUAUCGGGUUGGAACUGGCAUGUGAUUCCCCUUCCCCCAUCCUACCUUUCUGAUUCUCAAGUUUGCACUUGAAUUUGACAAUCAACACCCUCAUCCCAUCCCAGAACUUAGUGGCCUUAGAGAAUAGCAACCUGUAUGUUCGAGGUCCCUGCUUCACUCCCAGUUCCAUCCCAGCCAAUGGGCUGGGCCCCCGGAAGUCUGGGAGAAUUGCCGUAGGGCAGAAGACUGGAUUGAGCACGUCAGAGGCAAGUGAGAGGCACGUCAGCAGGCUGGGCACGUGCACGUUGGGGUGGCUGGGGCUUCCCAUCCCUUCCUGGGGAAGGGGGCUUCCAGAAGAGACAGAAGAGGUCUGAGAAGGCUCAGCGAGGAGUUCAGGUCUGGUCUUGUUGAUUGGAAAGAAGGAGGAAGUCUGAGUGUUUCCAGAAGAAGAGAACAGAUAGGGAGGGAAUUGGUGAUUCAGCACCUAAAGGCCUAGCCAGAGCAGGUUGAAAAGCCCUUCAAAUUUGGUCAUAGAAGCUGCCAGAGAAAACUGCCAGUCACUAGUCAUGAGCCAGCUGGGUCCCCAGCAGGUCUCCUCCAUUUACUUAGUGGAAAGGACAAAUACCCACAGCACAGAAACCUCUGCGUUGGGACCCUGUUUCCAGAAUGUGUGUCUGCCUCCCAGGUGCCCAGGUGGCUGGGCCCACGCCCUGUCAUCCGACACAAUGCCAGCUCUCAAGUGGUCUGAAUCAGACCAGCAGCCACAAGCAGCUGUGCAACCAGGGACGUACCCUCUCCCACGGGAACCCUUCUGUCCUUUGCAAGGGUCCUGAGGAGACCUGUGGCAGGGGCUUUGUGGAGUCCGCACUCCUGGCGUGACUCCGACCUGGCAGAGUGCAGUCAGCCAUGGGCACAGCCUUCCAUCUUUCCAGGGGCUUCCAACCAGGCUCCCCGCUCCUCCGCGUCCAUGCAGAGGAAGGGCUCCCUAAAUCCAGGACACCACAUGGAAAGCAGGUUCCCUGGCACGCACGUCUGUGCCCAGCUCACCUAGGGCAGGUCUGUGCAGGUGGCUGUGUGCCCUGCAGAGCUGGGUGUUCACUGGUACAGGUCUCUGAGGUUGUAGAACUUGGGGAAUUCCUCACGGUGUCCGCUCCACCCCACUUGGCUCUCAGUGGGGCACUGGGGGCAGGAGGAGGCCUCCCGCUAGGGUUUCCUUCCUCUCCCUCCACAGAGAAACUGGAGCAACGGCCGUUAGAGGCAGUGCAGCUCGCUUUGAGUGCUAAAAUAGUUCCAAGAUCCAUGGUGGUGCUAAACUAUCUCCGUGUUUCUAAUAUUUUUAGUGAGUUUGUUUUUUCCUCACCACAAAAAUGCAGUAUCCCUGGGGAGGGGCCCCAGCCCCCGCUGCCACUGUCCAGGUCCCUUCCUCACUUGGGCAGGACUCCUGGGCCUGCAGAAAAUGCUGUGUCUUGGCAUGCUUCUAGACUGUAAGAUUUGGGUUGUUUUUUGUAUUUUAUGUUUACAUGCAUCUUGUAUUUCCCUGAAGACUAAAUAAAGUUUUUGGCCUUUUUAA